AUGAUGUGUCAAGUACUUCGCAGAUUUGGUCAAAAACUGGUACGCAGAUGUCUGCUGGAACAACCUGAGGGUGAGAUUGCCCCUGACAGAAGCCUGAGUACUCUGGAUUUAGUGGUCCUGGGGGUAGACCACACACUGAGUGCAGGUGUGUAUGUGCUGGCUGGCGAGGUGGUCAGCAAUCAAGCAGGACCAUCUUUCAUGAUCUGCUUUUUGGUGGCUGGCCUAACUUCUGUGUUGGCCGGCCUGUGCUAUGCAGAGAUUAGUGCCCGGGUUCCCCAUUAUGGCUCUGCAUAUAUCUACAGCUUUGUCACUACAGGUGAACUUGGGGCUUUCAUAGUUGGCUGGAACCUCAUCUUCUCCCUUGUUGCUGAUGCAGCCAUGGUGGUCCGGACAUGGAACUUAGGUUUUGAAUACCUGCGUGAGAACAGAUUCUCUCAGGCCCUGCAUGAAAGCAUCUCACCACAUGCUUCCAGUGUCCUUACAGAAUAUGUAGACUUCUUUGUUGUGGGCCUUGUGUUGUUCCUCAUGGAACUGCCGACUCUGAGGAUUAAUCACUUUUUCCUGGUUAGCAAAGCAAUCAUACUUGUGAAAAUUUUGAUUCUCAGUUUUAUCAUCCUCUCUGGCUUCAUAAAGGGGGACCUGCACAACUGGAAGCUCACAGAAGAGGACUACAUAAAGGAUGGACUCAAUGACACCUCUAGCUUGGGUCCUCUGGGCUCUGGAGGAUUUGUGCCUUUUGGCUUCCAGGGGAUUCUCCGUGGAUCAGCUACCUGUUUCUAUGCUUUUACAGGUUUUGAAACUGUUGCUACCAGAGUCAGACAAAUCCAGAGUCCCGAGCGUUCCAUCACUAUGAGCAUUCUGAUUUCACUGCUCAUCUGCUUUUUAAUGUAUUUUGGUGUUGCUGCGGCACUUACACUUCUAAUGCCUUACUAUAAGGUUCAACUUGGGAACACUUUGCCUGAAGUAUUUCUCCAUAUUGACUGGGCCCCUGCCUACUAUGUCGUAACUUUUGGGUUUUUCUGUAGUCUUUCUGCACGCGUCUCGAGCUUUAUGCUACCCAUCAGUCUGGUGAUACACAAGAUGGCACAGGAUGGCCUUCUCUUCUCUGUCUUUAGCAGCAUUCAUACUGGCAAAUACACCCGCAUCAUGACCACUGUGAUCUUUGGCGUUACUGUAGGAAUCAUGGUGUUCUUCUUUGGACUCGUUGAUCUCUUGGAUCUGUCAUCAACUGGGUCCCUGAUAUCUUACUCCCUGGUGGCUUUUUGUGUUCUCUUCCUCAAGUAUCAGCCUGAGAGGAGGAUGAGAAAUGAAGUACAGGUGCAGGAUGAGAAUGGACCUGCAGCAGAGAAGCUGACUCUACACCGAAUAUUUUUUCCAGGGAGCUCCACCCCUACUCCACUCUCUGGCCGGGUUGUCUCUGUUUGCUCCUCACUGCUUGUUCUGCUGCUGAUUCUUCUCUGCCUGGUGCUGGCCCAGUGGCCACAUUGGCUUUCUGGAUAUCCAGAGUGGAUCACAGUGGUUGUGCUUCUCCUGGUGCUCAUCACUGGGAUCACUGGGGUCAUCUUGAGACAGCCACAGAGCUCCCCUCCCUUUCACUUUAAGGUACCUGCUCUGCCUCUCCUCCAACUCCUGAGCAUCUUUGUGAAUGUUUGUCUUAUGAUGCAGAUGACACCUGGCACCUGGGUCCGAGUUGGUAUUUGGAUGAUGAUUGGGUUUGCUAUCUAUUUUACUUAUGGGAUCAGCGCAGUCUGGUUGCAUAACCCCCCUUCAGUUACGCCCCAAACAGUAGACUUUGAACUCGGCAGUGCCAGUACACAUUUAGCUUGA